GCAGCCUGCUGCUGUGCUUGGAGUUGUGCAGCCUGAGCCGCGGGAUUUCCGAGGUCGUCGGCCAUUGGUGAUGAAGAUGCCCACGAAACAAGAACGUAAAGAAGCGAGCAGUCGUGUGAGAACGUUCCCCAAAAACUUUAUCGACCGUCUUCCGGCAGGAUCUCGAAGGUCGGGGUUCCGGAGGCCUGCUCUUCCGGCGAUCUGCUCAAGAGAAAUUAAUUUAAGAUUGGACCUUGAGCUAACCCAAAAUUCCAACAAAAAGGCUGCCUGUCAAGCUACCAUCUGGGGAAUACAAUCUCGCUGGCCAUCUGACCACCAACGUCGUCACCAUCGGCGGCGAGCGCGGCACCAUGGGCUGGGUCGAUCUCUGGCGAGGCAUCAUCUUCUGCGACCUGCUGCGCGAGCCGCUCACGCUCCGCAGCAUCCCACUGCCGCUGCCCAUGACCCAGAUCAUCGGCCGCACGCACUUAGGCCGCGGGAUGAACUCGCGUGGCAUCGGUUUCGUCAACGGCGCCGGCGCCGGCUGUCUCAAGUUCGUCGAGCUCCAGCUCGACGCCGUCGAUGUCAGCGACGAGACUGGGUUCCCCAUCCUGCUGGUGAAGGGCUGGUCGGUGACGACGUGGAGCAACGCCGGGAUGAGCAGCCGCUACGAGGACUGGCAGGAGGACCUGCCGACGCCGGUGCAAGCUUACCAGAUCAUACCGGAUGACAGCGCCGUGUUCUCGCACUCGCAGCAGCAGCAGAAGCUCGGUACUGGAUUGCGGCUGGUGCUGCCGGCACAGGGCGGCGGUUACUGCUGCGAGAAGGCGGCGACGACAACGACGCAUUCCUUGCAGAAGCUUCUUGUCUCGGACCCGUGUGCAAGCUUGGAUGGGGAUGAUGUCGUUUACCUGAUAGCCAGGCCCAAAUUAUAUUACCCCAAGACAUGGAUACUUGCUCUGGACAUGAAGAAGAAGAUGCUGCAAGCCGUAGUUCCGUUUGGAAUCUUGGAAGAACCAGAUCCAAAUGUGAUAUAUUGCACCAGCACCCUUCAACACUGAAGGUGAUUUAUACUACUACAACAAGAUGUGAUUUUUGUAUCUUUUUCAUACGAGACACAGACACGCCAUUUUAAUUUGCCCACAUAUAUAGUCUUGAAUCAAAUUAUGGACAUGUUUCA